CUGUUUUCGUUACCUCCAAUCUUAAUUCCCAUUAACAGGAGUCCCGUCAGUAGCAACAAAACAGAUCCGGAGACAGGAAAGAAAAUUACCCGUACCCGGCGUCUUUCAUGGCCGAAAGAUAAGAUUGCUGACGACUGGUCCCUCUAUCACCAAUUCGCCUCCACGCCUGCAAAUAUUCGUCUCGGUACCACAAGCUUCCUUGCCAAGGCAGCUGUCAGUUUGCUCCUGCACGGCUCAAUAAAUCUUCGCGAGGUCAGUAAGGACACCUGCUGCCUCUCCUAG